AUGGCCAAAGUUGCCGCCGUCUUCGGUGUGAUCGUGUGCAGCAUCGUUCUGCUGCACGGUGCUAGCGCCAAUCCCUUCGGCCAUUAUCCGCCACACGCCCCGGAGUGUACCAAGUGCGCCCACAAAGUGCAACCGGUAACCGUGGUGGAGACGAGCCCGGCCUUCCGUCCCGCAUCCUUCCUCGAGUUCUACGAGAUCUUCCUCGACUGCUUCAACACUCUGCGCAUUCCGCUGCGCAAGUACCCGGCGUACCUGUCCGGACUCUUCCCGGAGGAUGCGGAAACGAAGUGUUUCCUGCGUUGCGUGGCCAUCAAGCUGGGCGUGUACUGUGACGAGGCUGGAGCCGACCUCGAACGCCACUGUUUGCAGUUUGGUCUCGGACAGUGCUGCGAAGAGUUCAAGCGACAGCACGAGCUGUGCCUGGAGCAGAACUCGGUGCCGUGUCCCGAUCGUUGCACGGCCGCCUACAAGCAGGAGCUUUGCUUCCAGGAACCGAUCGCCAAGUACCUCGACUUCCACACCCACCAGCUCGGCCAUCUACUGCACCAGGCCAAGUGCAGCAACAACCUGCCCCUGCUGCACCCCUAAGGGACCCGACAACGAUCAACCGAUCCGGAUCAAACCGAUUCAGGAUCAACAAAGGCACCCUUCGAUGAACCGUUUUCUUCCAUGCGAGCCCCCCGAACUUUAUCCAUUUUGAUUGUGGAAAACCUGCAGCAGCUGUGUGUAUGUG